UCAUUUCUUUUUGGAGAGUUUUUCUUUUGAGCUUUGUCAACGUUUUAUGCCUCUCAAAGUUCUCACUUCUUCUCCUUUUUCUAGUCUUCUGCCUUACUCUGCACUCCAUCGUUCUUUCCUCCCCACGAGAUUCUACUUCCCCUUUGCUCCCUCAGAUCAGAAUCUCCAUUUUCACAUCUGUUUGGAUUUCGUGGUUUUAUUUUGCUGGAAUCAUACGCAUUUAUCCGCUGCUGCCGAUAUGAGCUCGGCAGAAGGCAAUACGGGGGAGUCUGUGAGUUGGAAGGAGUGUAUCACGGAGUUCAUUAAAGGUGCGACGGAGAUGGCAGUGGAGUGUGGGAAAGGUUGCAGGGAUAUCGUGAGGCAGAGCUUGGUGAACGAGGAUUCGUAUGUAGCGAGAAAAUUUGGAAGGGAUUCUUAUUUUACUAAGAGGGUAAGAGGACCCUGUGAAAAGUUAUGCGGGAAAUUGAGUUUCUUCAACGAGUACUUGCCGGAGGAUAAGGAUCCGCUUCACGCAUGGUCGGUGAUAUUCUUUGUUUCGUUGAUCGCCUUUGCAGCUGUAUAUGUAAAUUUUGAGCAUGAUCCAUCUGCUGGUUCCAUCCCAUUGACGAAGCAAACAUUUGUACAUCCUCCUAGCGCUAGCCGAAUAGUGCUUCCAGAUGGUAGAUACAUGGCAUACAAGGAACGAGGUGUUCCACCUGAUAGAGCUAGAUUUUCAAUUAUUGCUCCUCACACUUUUCUUUCCUCCCGGCUUGCAGGAAUACCUGGAGUUAAAAAUUCCCUGCUUGAAGAGUUUGGCAUUCACUUGUUGACCUAUGAUCUUCCUGGUUUUGGCGAGAGUGAUCCUCACCCCAACAGAAAUCUGGAAUCCUCAGCAACAGAUAUGUCUUUUCUAGCAGAUGCUUUGGGUGUUAAGAAGUUCUGGGUUGUUGGUUACUCAAGUGGAAGCAUGCAUGCUUGGGCUGCGCUGAGAUACAUUCCCGAUAGACUGGCAGGUGCAGCAAUGUUUGCUCCCAUGAUGAACCCAUAUGAUCCCAUCAUGACAAAGGAAGAGAGGCGAAAAACUUGGGGGAAAUGGAACAGGAAAAGAAAAUUCAUGUACUUUUUAGCUCGGAGUUUUCCUAGGCUUCUUGCUUUCUUCUAUCAGCGAAGCUUUCUGUCGGGAAAGCAUGGCCAGAUUGACAGGUGGUUGUCGUUAUCCCUUGGAGAGAGGGAUAAAGCACUAAUGGAAGAUCCAGUCUAUGAGGAAUUCUGGCAAAGGGACGUGGAAGAGUCAAUCAGGCAAGGAAAUGUGAAACCCUUCGUUGAGGAAUCUGCUUUGCAGGUCUCGAAUUGGGGUUUCAGCCUUGUAGACCUCAAGUUGCAGAAAAGAAAACGGAGACAUAAUGUGUUCAGUUGGCUCAAGUCAAUAUUCAUAGCUGAACAAGAGGAGUAUAUGGGUUUUCUUGGCCCAAUACAUAUAUGGCAGGGAAUGGAGGAUAAAGUGGUUCCUCCGUCGAUGACUGAUUUUGUGCACCGCGUCCUCCCGGGAGCUGCAGUGCAUAAACUACCAUACGAAGGCCACUUUACCUACAUCUACUUCUGUGAUGAAUGCCACAGGCAGAUAUUUACUACGCUUUUUGGAACCCCGCAAGGACCCGUCAGCAUUACACUUGAUCAAACUGUCUUACAUGUCCGUAUUGAACAGUCAGAAGAAGUAGCAGCAGACGCCGGUGACUCCACCGUGGAUUAAAAGAAGGGGAACUUUUUGCCGAAGUCAUCUCAAAGAACUCGCAUGAAAAUUGACAUGGCACAAACUUCUUACACUGUGGUGACAUGGUUUCUUCGCACGCUAGUUUCCAAUGCUUGAAGCCUGGAGAGCAGGUGCGUUGCUCAACAUAUCACCCGACGGGAUAAGGGCCAAGAACACAAUGCCACAUUGCUCCAUCACCACCCCAUCUUACUCUCAAUCUACUGGCCGUGAAUUGCUUUCAUAGGAUGGACAGAUUAAAUUCAUCUUUUUACAUUAUUAUUUAAAUGUAAUAAAAGAUAAUUUUAUUAAAAUAAUAUAUUU